UUUUGAAAGUUAUUCAAAAUUUGUAUAAAAAAAUUUUCAAGCAAACAAAAAAAUUUCGGCUUCUGCUUCAAAAUUUGUUGUAAACAGAAUGCAACAUUCCACAACGUCUUGGCCAAAUUAUAGAAACCAAUACUACAAUCCAGUCUACAAAAUCCGUGCUUUAAUUCAAACUCUGGAUGCUGAACUAGCGACACUCUCUCAACGGUGUGCAGUAACAAAACUUAACAUCUCAAAGCCAUCUUUUCCCAAAGUGGAUUACGUACUCGGUCGCAGCAGCGCUGGCGUCCCUUACCGGGUAGAGUCAGAUGCUCAAAAAAGUAUGUCAGUGUUAAAUGAUGGUAAGACGGCUAGUGCCACGCCGACACGCACGCUUUCGAGCAUCUAUCGGUCGCGUGUAAUUGAGGCCUUUCGCAAUAGACGCAUCUUUACCGUUUACGGUAAUUACCAUACAAUAAGGCGUGCCUUGCUGAAUCGCGGUUGGUUGGAGAAGCUGACGCCAAAUCGUUAUCCGAAAUUGCAGAGCUUGCCCGAAGAGGUACUGCUGCAACAUGCAAAGCGUGGCAACGACUAUGAAGCAGUAGCCAUUUCGAAAAUUAUUAGUCACUUUCCUGCCUUCUUCAUUUGGCAACCGAAAUCCCAUCGUGAUUUUCACACUGAUAUUUUGCCACUACGAAAUCGUGUACGACGCGGUCGUAAUUUGGACUUUUCCACCAAGGUCGGUUUGAUUGGUUGCGCCGAGCAGCAACAGUGGUUCCAUGAGAAGGGCGUGUGUGGCAUGAGUCAUCCGCGUUUUUAUCGUCUCGGUGGUAGCACAGAAGAACGCAUGGCAUUCAUAGAGGAUUUCCGACAAACUCAAUGUCGUUGUUUGCUCAAAUUUCUAUCGGAGAAUAUGCAUCGCUUGUCGGAGCUUGUUGAUCCAGAUGCAGGUACAGUGCCCAUUUCUGUGGUGCAUUUUGCUGUGACAAAUUUAAAAAAACAUUUCGAUGAAUUGGAUCAUCGUACAUUGGACGAUGAGACUGUAACGAAUGCAGAUCGCGAAAAGGUUGAGUGGCAGCAGUUCAUUGCGAAUUCUAACGAAGUCAUACGUAACCAUGCGAAAAUUCAAGCCAAUGUGGCUUUAUUGGAGGAGGUGUCAAAACUCAGUCGGUUGUAUUUGGCUAAGCUGGAAGAGCGACGGAGAGACUACAAAUGGGAUGGUUACCGUAAUCUGUGGAUACUCAAGCCGGGCUAUCAAUGCCGCGGGCUUGGCAUCAUCAUACAAGGUUCUAUCGAUGAGAUUUUGCAAUGGGCAACCAACAAUCCACAAAGACGAUAUAUCGCACAAAAAUAUAUAGAACGUCCACUUUUGAUACACAAAACAAAAUUCGACAUACGCCAGUACAUGUUGCUCUCGAUUGGUGAAUCCACUCUAUCACUUUGGUUGUAUAAGGAUUGUUAUCUACGAUUCAGCUCUCAAGAAUUCACCAUAGAUGAUCUCCGCGAAUCGAUACAUCUCACAAAUAAUUCCGUACAGAAGCGUUAUAAGAAUAAACCCAAUCGUGAUGUACGUCUGCCGAAGAAUAAUAUGUGGUCGUUGGAACACUUUAAAGUUUUUCUAAAACACACGAAUGCUCCCAAUAACGUAUGGGAAGAACGUAUUUAUCCAGGUUUCAAAGAGAAUCUUACAGCCGUUGUAAUGGCUAGCAUGGAAGAGACAGAAUUUGUGGAAAAUACGUUCGAAUUGUAUGGUUGUGAUUUGAUGUUAGAUGAGGAUUACAAUCCCAUUUUAAUUGAAAUCAAUUCAACACCGGAUUUGACGCCAUCCACUGAUGUGACUGCGCGUAUUUGUCCAAUGGCUCUGAGGGAUUUGAUAAAAGUAAUUGUCGAUUUGCCAUGCAAUCCGCAUGCGCCCACUGGUAAUUUUGAGCGCGUCUACGAGGUGAAUUAUAAAUUCAACAGGGAGUUUGAUCCUGAAGUUGGAUUAGACAUUUGUGGAAAGAGAAUGACCCUUUUCAAGCCUACAAAUAUAGUGCCAAAGAAAGCACCAAGAGCACCAAAGCUAUUACACAAAACCGAACAACUAAUUAAAGUGCCGCUAAAACGAUUAAGAGGUCCGCCACCGAAAUCUAAAGCUCAGACUGUUAAUAAAGGUACUGAACCUAAAGUACUCAAAUCCGCCGCCAAAGAAGCGCUUGCAAUACGCUACACUGCCCCGAAGUAAGCAGAAGAAGAAAAAGACAAAAUCGCUCAGUCCAAUAUCUUAUAUUCAAUAGUUUAAUAGGACACUCAUGUCAUUUUGUAACAAUUAAGAUCAAAUUAACUAAGUGGAACAUUAAUAAAAUUUGUACAGCACAACAA